AUGGAGAACCCUCCGAAUCAAACAGAGUCUAAGCAAAUCGAACUCAAUGGAGCAAAGAAAAGAAAGGGUGGAAUCAUCACUAUGCCCUUCAUCAUUGCAAACGAGGCGUUCGAGAAAGUGGCUAGCUAUGGAUUAUUACCAAACAUGAUUAUGUACUUAAUCAAAGAUUACCGAUUUGGAGUAGCAAAAGGAACAAAUGUGCUCUUCAUGUGGUCUGCUGCAUCAAACUUCACUCCUCUCUUGGGCGCUUUUCUCUCUGAUUCCUAUCUAGGUCGAUUUCUCACCAUCGCCAUUGCUUCUCUCUCCAGUUUCCUGGGAAUGGCGCUUCUUUGGCUAACAGCCAUGUUACCACAAGUGAAGCCAUCACCUUGCGAUCCCACAGCGGCCGGAAGUCACUGUGGAUCCGCAACCGCGUCUCAGCUGGCUCUUUUGUAUACUGCAUUUGCCCUUAUAUCGAUCGGAUCAGGCGGGAUCAGACCAUGUUCCUUAGCCUUUGGUGCUGAUCAGUUAGACAAAAAAGAGAACCCAAAGAACGAAAGAGUUCUUGAGAGUUUCUUUGGCUGGUAUUACGCUUCAUCAGCUGUGGCUGUACUCAUCGCGUUCACGGGCAUUGUUUACAUUCAAGAGCAUCUUGGAUGGAAAAUUGGAUUUGGUGUACCGGCGGUUCUCAUGUUGAUCGCUGCUUUGUUGUUCGUUCUCGCGUUUCGUCUCUAUGUUAGACGCAAUGUGACCAAGAGUCUCUUCACCGGUUUAGCUCAGGUUGUUGUUGCAGCUUACGUGAACAGGAAACUAACUCUACCAGAUGAUCAUGACUCCUUUGAUUCUUAUUAUCACGUGAAAGAUUCUGAUCUCAAAGCUCCAAGUCACAAGUUGAGGUUUCUGAAUAAAGCUUGUUUAAUAAGUAACCGUGAGGAGGAGAUUGGGUCAGAUGGGUUUGCUUUGAAUCCAUGGAGGCUAUGCACGAUAGACAAAGUAGAGGAGCUGAAGGCAUUGAUCAAAGUCAUACCCAUAUGGUCCACAGGUAUAAUGAUGUCCAUAAACACUAGCCAAAGCACGUUUCAGUUGCUGCAAGCGACUUCCAUGGACCGACGUCUCAGCCGCCAUGGUUCAAGCUUUCAAGUGCCGGCUGGAUCAUUCGGUAUGUUCACAAUCAUAGCCCUAGCCAUGUGGGUCGUUUUAUAUGACCGUGUCGUCAUCCCAUUAGUUUCAAAGAUCCGAGGUAGACCUUUUAGGCUCAGCGUUAAGCUAAGAAUGGGAUUAGGGCUAUUCAUAUCAUUCUUAGCAAUGGCGAUUUCCGCAAUGGUCGAAAGCUUUAGAAGGAAAAAAGCUUUAAAUCAAGGCUAUGCAAGCAAUGCCAAUGCUGUUGUAGACAUCUCAGCUAUGUGGCUAGUGCCACAAUAUGUGCUACAUGGAUUAGCAGAGGCUCUUACCGCGAUAGGACAGACUGAGUUCUUCUACACGGAGUUUCCUAAAAGCAUGUCUAGCAUUGCGGCAUCUCUGUUCGGUCUAGGAAUGGCUGUGGCUAGUCUAUUGGCUAGCGUGAUCCUCAAUGCGGUCAAUGAACUAACCUCAAGAAAUGGUAAAGAGAGUUGGGUUUCAGACAACAUUAACAAGGGUCAUUACAACUAUUAUUACUGGCUACUUGCGAUCAUGAGCUUCAUCAAUGUGAUCUAUUAUGCGAUAUGUAGCUGGUCGUAUGGUCCUUUGGUUGAUCAGGUGAGGAAUGAUAGGGUUAAUGGUGUGAGAGAGGAAGAGGAGUUGCUUGACAUUGUUGGAAAAGGCUACGAGAAGGAAGAUCUAAGCGAAGUUGUUAAAAAAAAUUAA